AUGGGCUCCUCCCCCAGCACCCCGGCCAGCGGCGACCUGGCUGUCGCCAUCAACGCCUUUGGCAACUCGCUGUUCGACAAGGUGGUGGCAGAGGCCAAGCCAGGCGCCAGCGCUGGCAUCUUCCUGUCGCCAUACGGCAUCGCCCAGGCGCUGGCGAUGGUGCUGAACGGCGUGGAUCCUGGGGGCGACUCCUACCAGCAGCUGCAGGAGGUGGUGUUUGGGGCGGGCGCCGGGCCCGGCCCGGCCCUCGACGCCCUAAACACCCAGCUCAAGCAGCUCAGCACCGCGCUGGUCAAGGAGCCUACCGACGACCUGACGGUCAGCGACGCCAACUCGGCCUGGCUGCACCAAAAGUACGGCCUGCAGGCCCCCUACGCCCGCGCCCUGCAGUCGGCGUUUGGCGCCCAGGCCGCGCCCCUCACCACUGCCGCCGCCAUCAACGCCUGGGUCAGCGAGGCCACCCGCGGCAAGAUCACCGGCAUCGUGGAUGACGGCGCCGUGAGCCAGGCCAUCCUCAUCCUGGUCAACGCCGUGUACUUCAAAGCCCUGUGGCAGUACCAGUUCAAGAAGGCAUCCACCUUCCCGGCCGACUUCCACCUGCUGCAGCACGGCGCCGCGCCGCUGCAGGCAGCCACCAUGUUCCAGGUGUUCAAGCCUGACAGCCGCAUCCAGACCGCGGUGCUGCCGGCAACAGCGGCGGGCGGCGCUGCGCUGGAGUGCCACGCGGUGCGGCUGCCUUACCGAGGAGGGGAGUACUAUGCGGUGGCGGCCAUGCCCGGCGGCGAGCUCAGCGGGGCGGCUGCCGAGGGCGGCGGGCUGGGGCUGGUCACGCCGGGCGGCGCCACGGUGCCUUAUGCCCAAGCCCUGGCUGCCUGCCGGCAAGCGCUGCUGUCCAGCCUGCCGCAGCUGUCCAGCGGCGGCAGCGGCAACGCCUCCGGCCUGUGGCAGGUCAGCCCCAAGGACGUGAAGCUCUUCCUGCCCAGGCAAGGCACCCUUCCACCCGCUGGCCGCCCGCUCCUGCCCCUGGUUGCCAGCCCUGCUGCUGGGUUUGAGGUCGAGUUCUUUGCCAGCCUGAACCAGUCGCUGCAGGAUCUGGGGGUCACCAAGCCCUUUGCCGGAGGCGACAUCACGCUGAUUGCGGCAGACAGCCAGGGCAACGCGGUUGGGGACCUGUUUGUGUCGGAUGUGCUGCACAAGGUGUAUGCCAAGGUGGAUGAGAGCGGCACAGAGGCGGCUGCCGUCACUGCCAUUGUAGCGUGCGGGCCAGAGCUGGAGCUUCGCUUCGACCGGCCGUUUGCGUUUGCCGUGGUGCACGGCCCCACCGGACUGGCCCUGUUUUGCGGCGAGGUGCACAAGCCAGAAGAGUUCUCAAAGGGGCUGUGA